UCAAGAGGAUUACCCGAGCUAUUGACCAAUAAAAACGCCAAGUGUAACUGAAACCGGAUAAGAAACGUGUAUUUGGAAAAUACGUGAGACCAGCGUGGACGUUUGUGGUAUCGCAAAUUAUAAAUACACUCAAUGGUUUAAUUGGGCACUACAUAUCAAAUUGAACCGACCAAUCAAUGUUCGGGGUGAGAAGGCAAUUUUCUGAUGUAAAACUAUAUAUUGGAGAAAUAAUCGCAUACUUUUUAGAUUCUUUGUGCGACGAACUUAAAAUAUUAAGGACUUCAAAAAGAUACCUGUUCAACAUGGCGUGGUUCACAGCGUUUCGUGGCGACUUUGGCAACGCCUAUUACGGCGAGUACCGGACGUCCGUCACUGCGGACAUCUCGUUCGCCGCCAUCGCUUACACGUGCGUCCUGAUCUCCAUAGCUGCCAUAGUGGCCGCGGCUGGUAUCAGAGGCCGAGAGAGAUGGUACACUUUGGUCCGUCUUACAUACAGUCUGGCCGUAGGAAGCAUCAUUCUGGUGAGCAUCUUCGGAUACUGCUGGCAGAUCGGCGAGGUAGGAGUUCAUUCCCCCUACAUAUACCGGAGCAAAGGUCAAAUUUCAGGGCGACUGGGCGUUCACGUUGGUUUGAAAACAGUCAAUCUGACUCUUGUAGGAACUUUCACUACCGAUGGGAACAGAUUCAAAUACAACGAAAAGCUCACGCUAGGAAAUGUCAUCCAAGAGAGUUCGCAGCUCUGGACGGCCCUUGACCGCGGGCUGCCCCAGACGCUGCUGUCCAUGAUUGACCAUUUUGACACUGACGAAGGCGGUCUGAGAUACGGACGUAACUGCUUCAUGGCAGGCUACUUUGCCAACAUUCUUCUCUGGACGGCGUUUGCUUUCUGGGUAACCGGAAACAUCCUGCUAUGCAGUGUCGUCUGGUACGGCGCCGCCUGCUUCACUCUGGCGGGCGUCUGCAUGAUACUCGCCGCCGGCGUAUACGACUUCCUUUGCCCGCAGCGCGCGCUCCGGAUGCCCUGCUCCGACGGUCCUAUCGAGCUUCGCUUCGGUUGGUGCUUCUGGGCAACUCUUGUGUUUGGCAUCCUUACUACAGUCGUGGGGCUGGUACUAUUUACGUUGGAGCAGAAAGUUCCCAAGAAACUUGCAGAGUUCUUCCUGUUAGACACGGCCCUUGAAGACGAUGAAUACAAACAGCUCUCUAACGCAAAUCCGCUUGAUUCCGUUGUACGCGAAGACUUUGUGCACAGGGUAGGUGCACUGCGGACAAAUACAAAGGAGAACUACGGAUUUGAGACUACCAAACCGAAAUUCAACCCAGUCUUCGCCGAGAAUACACUCAACAGCAAACCGGAAACUGAUUCUUCGCGCACGUGGGCAUUUUCGAAUAUUGUAGAAGAAGACCGCACUUCGGAGCCGGGAAUAAUACACUCAAACGGUGUUUGCAAAGAAAUUCCUGCUUGUGACAGUCGCAGUGAUUCAGAACGAGAUAUCGGGAGACUAACCGAGAUUUACGUGAACAUAGACCCAGACAAACGGUUUGUUUCUGCAAAUCUCAGCAACAACAGACGCGCGUCAAUUUGGUGAUUUUGAUCGCCCUGCUGGUCGUGAGAUCGCUUUUUCAUAUGGAAAUUCAGUCUCUGUGUUGCUCAUCGUCUUUCGUUUUUUGUCAACAAAUGUUCUUCUCCCAUAACGGUCUUAGAUGAAGUUUUGAAAGGGGAUCACUUUGUAUCCAUCCACACCGGACCUCUGAACUGUCCAAUACACGAGCUCCUUAUAAAAGACCAUGUUGUUUAUUGUAUGAAAAAUGUGAAAUGUAUUCUUGUGAACAACUUUAGCAUAUGGUACAUUCAAUAGCAGAAAAGAACAGCGUCUAUACCAUAUAGCCCGGAAUAUAGCUUACACUGCCGUCUAUACAAUAAAGUAAAGUCGGAAAUUGUUUCUACAAAACUUUAUCAUAUUGUUCAGAAACGAAGCCAUGCUAACUGUUUUAAUGCGAAGCAUUUGUCUUCAAUUUCAUCCUACCCAAUCAACGUGCGCAUCGCAUGGAUCCUUUUUUAGUGAAAGAUACAAGAUUGUAUGAUAAUACUGAGUAAAUGUAGUUUAUAAUAUGUCGUUCAUCAUUAUAAUCGUCCAUUUUGAACCGUUGAAAUCGGAAUGUUAUUUAUACGCUAUAGCAAAUACAUAUGUAAAAUAAUAAAAAAUGCUACGAUAAUGUAAGAUUUUUUUUGCACAUAGCUUUGUGAUUAGGUUAGAGCGUCGAAUGUGUUUUUGAAAGGCAAUACAUAUUGUUUACCUUUAAAAAUUUGAUGAAACGUUUUGAGUUUAAGGAAAAAUAAUAUAUUUCUUAGGUUUAAUAUGAACGAUAUCGAAAGGUCUUUCUGGACAUCGGUGCAUAUGUGAUGCAAAGCAGAUUUAGCUUGAACACCGUUUUCAUAAUUAUAAGCAAUUGCGAUGACAUUUCAGCCUAAUAAUUAUUAGCAAAGCGAUGGUUAAUGUUUACAAAUGACUACAGUACGUGAAAUUGCAAUCAUUAUGCAGCCCAACACAAUCGUUACUUAGUGUUUUUAUUAGGCUUGUUUGUAUUUAUAGAAUGUCUUUUUCAAUAAUGUCCGUAUUUUAUAGAGAAUGUUUAUAAUAUUAAUGCAACAUGUGUUAAUUUAUUCGUGGUUUUCGUUUGUUUUUAAAUAUUCAUGCUUUGCAACUUUGUGAGAAAUGUGUUUAUGCAUUGAACAUCGGAACAGUUGCUGCGAGUUUUUCCACAUUUUGUAUGUGCUGGAGUGAUACAUUGUGUUUAAUAGUUUUAGCAUCUGUUUUGCUCUUGAAUAUCGUUUCUUUGUGAGUACUGCAGACACGCUGCAGUAACUUCUCUUUAUUGUUUUGUUUAUUUAUGCCAUUUAUGUAGUUAAGUUUGGUAUAUAAUAAAUAUUUAUUUUUUG